UUAAUUGAUAUGGACAUUGGACAAAAGAAAGGUAGUUUGAUUCAUGAAGUCCUUGAAGAACUGCAAACCGUUAUCACUUGCAACGCUGGUUUAUUAUAAUAUAAUUAUUAAAACCAUACCUUGUUUACUAAUUCUAUGAACAAUGCCUUCAUUAUCAUAAUAUAUAUUACAUAUUAAUGAAAUAUUUCAUUAACCACCAAACACAUAUAUGUUUAUAUAUUGCAACUAGCACAUCGCGCACCCACUUCCCACCUUAUGCAUCUUUCUGUGAGAAAUUCGGUCAAAAUCAAUCCAAAAGGAGUAGAAAGAUCGAUCCAUCUUUUGAUUUGGUGUUUAAUUUGCAACAUCUUUGGAGUACGAAUGUGAUUUUAUUCAAAGUAUAGUAAGUGCUGCCACCAAAAUUAGAGAUGGUUUGUAAGCAUGGAUAUGGUGACUAGAAGAAAGACGGUAUCUUCAGAGUGUUUGCUCCCAAUAGAUGGUGGGGGAUUAUAGUUGUUUUGUAUUGGUAGGUGUUUUUCCUUUCAUGUUUCGUGUAUGUUUUAACCAUCUCUUAAUCUUAUGGGAUAGAAUCAUAGAAAUGUUCUCAGAAAUUUGUAUGAAUAAGCUUCUUUUUCUGUCAAAAGAAAAGGACUGUAUUUUCUCUUGUUCCGAGUGAGAGAUAACUAGUUGUAAACUGUUACUGGCUCUCAAAUGGACUGCAGUUGUCAAUUUGUCAUGUAUUAUCAUUAAUAAAAAAUGUUGGUAUGUAUAAAUGGUUGGGUCUAUCUUACUGCUCUCCAUUUUAGCAUUGAACCCACUUUAUGCAGCAAUCACAUGGAGACAAGAAUAAAGUACAAAUGCUAAGCUUUGAGGUCAGAUAUAUUUGGGUAGCAACUUAUGGUCCAUCUGACAAUCAAGGGAAAAAUUAAUUAGUUUUUAGGCUUAAUUGCACUUUUGGUCCCCUAAGUAUCACAAUUGUGCGAUUUGGGUCCCCUAUGUUUAAAACGAGCGAUUUACAUCCUUAAUGUUUCAAAACGUGAAAAUGUUACCCCUCCGUUAACCCUCCGUUCAAAUCAUUGACGGCAGAUGCCUACAUGGCUUUGAUUUAUUACGUGGAACGGUUAAAAAAUAAAAGAAAAAUAAUUGUAACCUGAAUCAGAAAAGAAAAAAAAAAACCCAAGCCCAUAUAAAUACAAAUUUGUAACCCUAAAUUCCCAAAUCCUAUCCUAGAAUAGAAGUGCAAUCUGAGAGAGGAGAGUAGAAGCGUGAAGAAGCUUCUUCUUCAUCCAACGGUGAAGCUUUGAGAUUCAACAAUGGCAAGUGGUCCCAAAACGCGUGGAGGAUCGAGUAGUCCACCGAGUAGCGCACGAGGAAGGAUUCCAAGUCGAAAGGAACAUGUGGUCCCUGAAGACACAUGCGAGGAGACCGCCUUUUUCUUGAUUACGGGGGAGAAGAUUCCAACACACAUGCGUUUCAGGCCUGUUGGAUUGAACUCAGUGACAGCUCAUAUUUGGCAUGGAGGGUAUUUUGUGGAAGAACCUAGGUUUGAAUAUGUGGGGGGUAGUUGUAAAUCUCUACCGAACCGGGAUAGUGAUCAAAUUAACUCCAUAGAAGUGGGCAACGUGGUAACUGCACUGGGUUAUGACAUUACCUCUGUAAAAUGUUUGUGGUAUAGAAAUCCUGUGUUGGGCUUGUUCAAUGGUAGGAGACCCUUUAAUGAUGAUAAUGAUGUGUUCCAGUUUCUGAAAGAUGUUCAGGGGCAUGAUGAGGUUGAUUUCUUUGUUGAGCAUUGGAUGCAUACUGUGCCUCUCAGUGUUAUACCAGGUGACAGGGUUGAAGUGAAUUGUGAGAGGGAAUUAUCUGUUGAGAUAAUUGGGGUGAACACACAAGGAUCUAGUGAGGUUGAGAAUGGUGAUGAGGUUGUAAGUGCUAUAAAAGUGGGUGUGCAAUCUGUGGAGGAGGUGCUUGUGCAAAUUGUGGAGGAUGGUGAGAAGGAUACCCAGAAUUCUGAUGAGUUUGUGAAGGAGAAGCAAAAAUCUGUGGAGGUGAAUGAUCUGGGAGCACAUUCUGACAGUGAGUUUGAUGAUUAUGAUGAUGAUUCCUUUGAUGAAGAUUAUGAAGCAUCUGAGGAUGAGGAGGAAUCUGAUGCCAUUAGCUUGGAUGAUAGUGACUAUGAUGAGAGUUGGGAUUGGACUGCUAGCCUACCAUCUCAACCAAAUGGAUCUGUUGUAGUACAGGCUGUUCAAGCUUCUUUAAAUCCCAAUCCGGCUGAAUUUAAUGAUUUUGAGAAUGAAGAUGGUGACAGUGAUGAUUUAGAAACCCCACCUGGUAGUGAUGAUGAUGAUGAGGUUGAAAGGAGAAAAUUUCCCAGAUUUAAGCCUAGUGAAGAUGACGUGGAGAUAAAACUUGAGAAGGGGCAAAUAUUCACUGCUAAGAGUAUCUUUAUCACUGCUGUGAAGGAAUAUGCACUGCAGAAUAAGAAGAGUAUACAUUUUGAGAAGAAUGAUUCCAAGAGGGUUGUAGUUAAGUGCUUGAAAGGGUGUCCAUUCCAUAUAAGGGCAGCAAAGUACUCUGAGAAGACCUAUUUCCAGAUUGUGACACUAAUGCCUGACCAUACUUGCCACAGGACAUCAAAAAAUAGACAAGCCAGGACCAGUUACAUUGCAAAAAAGUUUGUUGCUACUCUUAGGCAUUCCCCCACACUGAAGGUGAAAGCUUUGGUUGAGGAGGCAAAGACAAGGUGGGGCAUAGUUCUAACCAGAUUCCAGGCAUAUCGAGCAAAGGUCAGGGCACUUGAAAUGAUUCAAGGGGCAAUCUCUGAGCAGUAUUCCCAUCUGAGGAGCUAUGCAGAUGAACUCCUAAGGAGUAACCCAGGCAGCACAGUGAUUAUUAAAAGCACAGUUGGGGUAGUUGGUCCAGUUUUUGAAAGGAUCUAUGUAUGCUUUGCUGCUUGUAAAACUGCCUUUGCAACCACAUGCAGACCCUUGAUAGGAUUGGAUGGAUGUUUCCUAAAGGGUGUAUAUGGUGGGCAGUUGCUUCGUGCUGUGGGAAAGGAUCGCAACAACCAGAUGAUUCCCAUAGCAUUUGCUGUGGUAGAAGCUGAAACAAAAGAGUCAUGGACUUGGUUUCUGGAACUAUUGUUGUCUGAUUUGGACAGAAUUCAGCGUAGACCCUGGUGUUUCAUUUCAGAUCAACAAAAAGGCUUGGUGCCUACUUUGCAGGAGAUGAUUUCCAGUGUAGACCACAGGUUGUGUGUCAAGCAUUUGUAUGGCAACUGGAGGAAAAAGUAUCCUGGUGAGGAGAUGAAAGGAGCACUUUGGGAUGCAGCAAGAGCAAGCACGGAGCCAGAGUUUGAUAGGGCCAUGGAGAGGUUGAAGACAUUGAAUGAAGAAGCUUGGAAAGACAUGUGUGAAAUACCACCUAAGAUGUGGAGUAGGUCAGCAUUCAGCACCUAUCCUCAAUGUGAUCUCCAAGUCAACAACAUGUGCGAGGCCUUCAAUAGAGCCAUCCUGGAAUAUAGAGACAAGCCUAUAAUCUCACUCAUUGAAGGUUUGAAGUUUUAUCUGAGCAAACCAAAAAGAUCCACAGCACAAAGUUUUACAUCCAAUGAAUACUUCAAGAUACCCAACCAGCCAAAGGAAAUAAAGAUCCACAUGCUCUCAGCCACUUGAGCAAUUUCCAAUCAGCAAACAGAAUGAAUGUAUCACACAAACACAACCAGAAGCACACUACCAGCCAGGAAUUGUAACAAAAAUCCCACAGAUGACA